CUUCCGGGAACACUUGAUAAGCAGAUUCGAGAGACAAAACAGCUGUUUGUCGAGAAGGGCAGAAUUAAUCUUUGGUUGAAAUUUAAAUGACUUGAGAAUUCAAACAUGUCAGCAACUGAAGAACAAGAAGACACAGCAACCACUGUUCCGUCCGUCGUCAUUACGAGCUGUGACGUUUCCUUUAAGGAACAAGAUAUUAUAAAACAGAUCCUAGGUGACACAUCGUUGCCGGAGCCAUCCAAGCAGGAUGAUUCGGUUGUGUGGUACCCAUGGACCAUCAACAACAAGUACUACACUGCAGACGUGAGCCUGUGUGCGGUGCCCAGCACUUAUCAGAUGACCUCGGAAAUAGCCCAGUCCAUGCAGGCUUUCAUCGCUUUCUUCGACAGCACCGUGAAGGAUGGUUUGGAGCGUCUGUCUCCCUGGAUUUCUGUGGUAGAGGAUUUGGCUCCCGAGGUACUCAUCCUGGUCUGUGACCGGGUGUGUGAAAGCGGCGUCAGUAGACAUGAUGCACAUCAGUGGUGUUUGGCCCAUGCCUUUGAGUUGGUGGAACUGACCCCCGAAGACCUUCCAGAUGAGGAUGAUGACUUCCCAGAGUCCACAGGUCUGAAGAGGAUUGUCCAGGCUCUCAAUGCCAACGUGUGGUCCAGCAUGGAGAUGAAGGACGAGCACAGUGGGGGCUUUGGCCUGAUGAGCAGCCUGGUGGCCUCCAGACACAACAACCCACGGCCCAGCCGGGGAACACCGCCACCGUCCUCCAGUCUGCCAGUAGAGGGCAGUGAGGAACCCCAGAGGACAGAAGUCAACCCUGAAGACAGAGGCUCACAGGUGGACACAAUAGUGGAUCCGAUGCUUGACUUGGACAUCCAGGAGCUGGCUAACCUGACCGCAGGAGAUGCAGACGUUGAGAACUUUGAGCGCCUCUUCACCAAACUGAAGGAGAUGAAAGAUAAAGCCUCAUGGUUACCUCAUGAACAAAGGAAAGCGCACGCAGAGAAGGUUGCCAAGGCAUUCUGGACAGCCAUUGGAGGAGAGCAGGAUGAGAUAGAAGGCCUGUCUUCAGGGGAGGAGAGCUAGGAUGUGGCUCAAGCUCUGUCUCAAUUACUCUUCACUGGAUUCCUCCUGUCUUCUGUCCCAGCGGAGAGACCUUGGAUCUUCCAAAGGCUCCAGAAAGAGAGAGGAUGGAAGGAAUGGAAGGAGUAUUAGUUGAGUAAGACAGGGUGUGUUAAAACCUCCUUCUGCAGGGGCCACCCAAGAUCCAGGCCCCUCGACCUGUGGUGUAUUCACUGGCCAAAUGGAACCAAACAGGGACUGACCUACCUGAAUGUGUCCAAUAGAAACUUGUUUUGUUAGCAAAUAAAAAAAAAAAAACUGUUGACCUGCUAGGGUGACUACUGAAUACACCUCUGGCUGCCCUGCUCCCCACUUUGGAACUUGGACGAUCAGAGGAUGAUGGGAAACGGAGAAGAGAGGAUGAUGGGAAACGGACUAUAGCCAUGGAGAGGAGUGAGGGUUUAUCAUCUUACCCUUUCAGUCUCUCCAUAUUCUAUAUAUUUUUUAUUAUGCUACAUUAUUAAAAGCUAGCCUGGUCCCAGAACUGUUUAGUGCCGUCUUCCAAAUUCAUAUAAGCUGGCAAGACGGCACACACCAGUGUGGGACCUGGGUAGCUAAAGCUGCUGAGUGUCCUAAGCAGUUUGCCUGUGACAGGAACCAAAGAGAAGUGAAGCUUUGACAGUCAACAGGACAUUUUUGGGGGGCAAAGAAAUUACAAAAACAUGGAUUCUAUGUUGUGUAGGUUUGGAAGAUUCUUAGAAACUUCCCUGACAAAUUCAUGGGUUCUCCAAAGUUGAUUAUCAAUGAUUUUAUGCUAAUUCUGAAAACUUCCCAAACAGGAUAUUUGAGAAAUGUUGACAUUGGGAAAGUUACUGGAAUUUUGUAUUCCUUUGUGUAGUUUGUUUUCAUGCCUUUGUGUUGAUUGAUCACCAUCAUGUUGUUUUAGGUGCAACAGUCAUCUUGUAUAAAACUAUAAAAUCAAGUGACAUGUGCCUUUUAACUUUAAACCCUGUAUCCCAAUAGCCCUGGAAAAUUUACUUAAUUAUUCAAAAUAAAUAAUUUCAUUAACUGUG